AUGUCACUUAGUGAAGUCGACCCCAACGCCGAUCUUAAGACUGACCCGACUGAAGCCAUUCCGAAGGGUUAUGGAAGCUGGAGCUCCCUAUCUCGAGCAUUAAGCGCUACCGUGGUAGAAGCACUGGACGCUUCUCUCGAACUAGACGUAGAUCAGCCAGGAGCUAGACUAGUCAUUCCUUUUGGUACCAUCACCGUUUUGGCAAUGGUGCAAGUAAUUGUCGACCUGGUUGUGGCCACCCGAAGGCAUUCCACAGACCGCAGUAGGGAACCUUCACGCCAGCUAGUGGUGGCAACAGCUGCUUCUGGCCACUCUUAUGGUCGCCUACUUUACGUCUGCGAUUCUUCAGCCACUUUUUACUUCUUGGUUGACACCGGUGCCAAUGUCAGUGUUAUUCCUCGUGAAGCUGACAAACGCAACCUAAUUUCAACCAGGCUGACAUUACAGGCGUCGAACAAUACCAAGACCCGUACACACGGCCAGAAAAUGUUGACUCUCAACCUUGAUCUUCGUUGA